AAUCGCUUGUUGCUUCCUACCCUAGCCUUAGAAGUAGUUAGCGAACUAGCGUGUAGCCGCUCAUGCGUCGCUUCAACUUUCACUUAUUAUAAAUGCAUUGACGGGGGAGAAAAGUUUGCCGCCGUGCGCGAAAAAGCGAGUAGCCUCGGUCGAAGACCAUUUCUUGCCGUCCUGCGCCGAUCCGCGGGCUCCGCUCCCACCGCGACAGCGCUCCGUAGACGCGGUGCGGCGGCUGAAGUGCAGCUGGAUGUGACAGGUUCGUCGUCAGAUCGCUGACAGAAAGUGCCUUGUGAGACCUCAUCCCGACUUGAAGAUCCCUGGCAUUUCUGAGAAGCUGUCCAAUUUCCUUCUGCAAUCGUGACAGGAUACAACACAAAAAACACCCGGUUUGUCUUCACUCGUGCACAGUUCGGAGAGGUGGAGCUACUGCACUGCUGGCCAAGUGGCCCAAGCGCCGAAUGUAGACACUGAAGACUGAUCGGCAAUAGAAAGCAGCAAAGCUUGUUCUGUCCUAAACUGUGCCAUCACACCUCAAAAUAGACUCAUUGCUACUCCCCAGCAUCCACCCUCGCACAGAUAUCCUCAGUCAAAGAGUACAACAAAGCGUUUGUUUCCGAGUAUGUCCCCUCUGCCUUAUCAGAGGUCUGCACUUGACACCUACUGAUUGAUGAACAAUUAGCUGUUUGACUGACAAACUCUCCAACGGCAGUGCAGUCUCAUGAUCUGGUCACCAAGAUUUUGCCAGCCCAAUACCUUCACUUUUGUGUCCACAAGGACAAACGCGAUCCACUGACCCGAAGCAGAUCUUUUAUUGCUACAUGUUGCAUCAGUUAUAGUUGUUGUGUGAGUGUUUUUUUAUUUCCUGGACCACUCUGAAACGCCUCCUCAGAGGAUCGCCUCCUCCUUAAACCCAGUGGCUUCGCUCCACCUCAACUCCACAGCCAGUGCUGCUGACAUGGCUCUGAACAUCGCCUCGAUACGGGACACAAAAUGGCUGACCCUGGAAGUGUGCCGGCAGUUUCAGAGAGGGACUUGUUCACGCAGUGACGAGGAAUGCAAAUUUGCCCACCCACCCAAAAGCUGCCAGGUGGACAAUGGGAGGGUGAUCGCCUGUUUUGACUCCUUAAAGGGCCGCUGCACGCGAGAGAACUGCAAAUACCUCCACCCACCCGCUCACCUGAAGACCCAGCUGGAGAUCAAUGGGCGAAACAACCUGAUCCAGCAGAAAACAGCGGCCGCCAUGUUGGCUCAACAGAUGCAGUUCAUGAUCCCCGGCACCACGAUGCAGCCUGUGCAGACGUUUCCAGUGAGCCAAGGCCUGGGCUCCAGCGCCGGUUUGAGCUACACUCCCUACCUAACUCCCAUGUCGCACAGCAUGGGCCUAGUGCCCACAGACAUCCUGCCCAGCACUCCGGUGAUCGUCCCCGGCAGCCCUCCUGUGUCCGUGACCGCCGGCUCUUCCUCCAGCCAGAAGCUGCUGCGUACCGACAAGCUGGAGGUGUGCCGCGAGUUCCAGCGGGGCAACUGCGCUCGCGGCGAGACCGACUGCCGCUUCGCCCACCCCAGCGACAGCCCCAUGAUCGACACCAGCGACAACACGGUCACCGUCUGCAUGGACUACAUCAAGAGCCGCUGCUCCCGUGAGAAGUGCAAGUACUUCCACCCCCCGGCCCACCUGCAGGCCAAAAUUAAGGCCGCUCAGCACCAGGCCAGCCAGACAGCUGUGGCUGCUCAAGCCGCUGCCACAGCUGCAGCCAUGACUCAGUCGACUGCCAAAGCAAUGAAGCGACCCCUCGAGGCAACUGUAGACCUGGCUUUCCCCCAUGGCGUCCUCCAGCCCCUACCAAAGAGACCAGCACUUGAGAAAAGCAACGGAGCGAGCUCCCUGUUCAAUCCCAGUGUUUUGCACUACCAGCAGGCGCUGGCCAACGCACAGCUCCAGCAGCCCGCUUUCUUUCCCACAGGGUCAGUCUUGUGCAUGACUCCUGCUAGCAGUCUUGUCCCAAUGAUGUACAGUGCUACGCCUGCUACUGUCUCUGCAGCAACAACUCCUGCCACAAGUGUCCCCUACGCAGCAACAGCACCAGCCAAUCAGAUCAUCCUGAAGUAAGCGUCAGGAAGGGAAUGGAGUGUCAUGAAGCUGCACUAGGAAACCCAAAACAGCCCCUGUGUAAAUACUACCUUGCCUCUCCCAUAGAGGUCCAGCAACCUGCAUGUUAAGAGUGUAACACUUCAAUUUAACCAUAAGAACUGCAGUGCCGGUGUAACACACACACACAAAAGUAUAUACUGUAUGUAUUGCUAGAAAAAUAUUAACAUAAAAAAAGGUGAAAAAAAUCUUAUGUAUAAUACCACAUACAUAGCAGACACACUAUAGAAGUCAUUUUAACAACAGGUCUCCCGAAGUACUACGGAUCCCCUCUCUUUCAUAUUUAUUCUAACAACCUCUGCACAACGUUCGUCCCCUUUGGUUAGUGAAAAGCAAAAGAUGCUUGAUUUGCACUAUAUGAGAAUUAUAGUGCUCAAUGUCGAAGUGGGAACAGGAGGAGUCGCAGAAACCCCGUGCACAACCACACCAACGCACACAGCGCUUUCCGAGAGGGUGUUUUCGUCUCGUGGUCUUUGCUUUCUGUCUCUCUCUCUACGAAAUUGAAUGUCCUCGGGGGCCGGACGAGCUCACGUCUCCCUAACGUGACUGCCCCAGUAAGGCUCCCAGUUUGCCCCGGAUGCUGUUAAAAUGCCAUGAUGACGCUUACACCCGCCCGCCCCCACCCCUUACCGCCAACUCCUCAUCUCUGGAACCGUCUUGCCAAAGUCACAGCUUGGGAGAGGUCAGUGGAAUCAACCAGCCACAAAGCAAAGCCACAUUUAAACAACUUAAUAUAUCCUUUUCUUUUCUUCGAUGUGUUUUCCCAUUGUGAACGCUGCUCAGAGCGCACCCUUUAUUUGUUCUGGUGCUGGGCUCAGUUCUGUGUUUUGGGCGGAGCGGCGGGUUAGCUUGUGCACGGAUUCUCGCAUGCAGUCGGGACAAGGGAAGACAGAAGAUAGUCGUGGCCAUUACCGAAAAGCCUAAAGGCUCGGGUCUGUGCCAAGGGCUUAACAAAGCUUGAGGGUUUGUCCCAGACAUACCAAGCCUUGUGUGCAUGUGUGUGUGUGUGUUUGUGUGUUUGUGUGUGUGUUUGUGUGUGUGCGUGUUUGUACCUGGAGACUGAUGGUCUGCCGGCAGACUGGGGCUUGAAGCGAGGUCUAGCGGGUGGAGAAAACAUCAGGCCUGGUUGGAGAGAAGGGUUUCGGGUGGGGCGGGUGAUUGAGGGACUUAAGUGCUAAAACUAAAAAAAAAAAAAAAGAAAAAAUAGGUGCAUUUGGCGACUCUCGUCAAGCAAAAAGAUGACUUGAACUUCGACUGGAGGGCUAUCUGUGACCGUCGGUUGUCCUGUCCAACCCUACUAUCACCGAUAAUCCUGUUCCAUUUUAGAAAACUGUAGAAGUGCCUAAAAAAUGCUCAUCAACAACAACAACACUUGCAUCUGGAGUGUGUCAUUAAUCGUCACAGACACGAGACACUGGCUCUCGGAAGCUACACGGACUUUUCGGGAAAGACAUUUCAAGAAUUUUGCAGAUUAUGACUCGAAACGGUUUUCUAGUAACUGCUCAUUAACAUCACAAGUGACUUUAUGGAAACGACAACAACAACAAAAAAAAAUGUUAAAGAAACAUCAAAUCAAAAAUAGCUUUGUAGAAUGUUUGGUGACUUUCAUGGUGUACCAUUGUUUCUUACCAUGGUUUGCGUAGUUUACAUGAGGAACGUUGAGUGAGAAAAAUGUAUUGUAAACUGUGUAAUGUAUGUAAAGUGUCUCUUAAAUUGAGUUUAUAUUCAUGGUUCUAGAAAUGUAUCCAGACUUAUUUAAAAUUUGUGUUCUUGUGUCUGUUAUCAAGGUAUGUUUGAGUUCCCUCAGAACCCUCCACCACCUCCAACACAUGGAACAAUCAUAUGUGUUUGUUUCCUUUUAGCCAACAUCAUAAAAUACUGUGUUAUUAUUUUAGACCGAUAUUAUCUUUUACAAACAGCAGGUUUUAACUCGUGCUACUAAAUCUUAUUUUCCACCUUUUUCAAACGUAGGAUGUAAUUUCAUGGUGCUUGAUUAACAUCGACAAUCCACAAUCAUACCUUUUGCAGCCAGAGCACUUGGCUCCGGUUCCUCCGCGUGGUUUCGUUUCACGUUCAAUUGUCCUCACACGCGUUUAUAAUUUGUAUGUGAUAUUCGUGGACGGUGGUCAAAGUUCUAUUUUGUUGUAAUUUAUCUUAAGUUACUCUCGGUCAAAAUUUAGUCUGAAACAAUGUUGUAAGCUAUUCUAUUUUGAAAUGAAUGUAAUUUAUUGAGCUGUGCUGCGUUCUGCGCGGUUGAUCAUUUCAAGGUCUAACCUGUCAGGUCAGCCAAUGAGAAGGGGCGGGGUCUAAAGCCACCCACGUAGAAAGCUACUGGAACUUUAUUGCCUUCUCGUCGACAAAAAGGUUCACGUGUUGCAGUAAUGAGCAUAGAUAUAGAGUUGCUUGUGUUGUUGGAAGAACAAUGUUUAUUGUAUAGAUGACAUUUUACCAAAAAAAUAAGAAGAAAAUUUCAAAAAAGAUGUACUUUUCACUCUAGUAUAAUAGUAUUUCAUAACAAUAUUAAGUUGUUGCUGUGGCAACCAAAUGUUGCAAUUACUAAAGUUGGGUAUUUUUGUAAAUGACAUUGUUAAGUUGAUUUUCAUUUUCUUUUGCUAGAACACUGUACACAAGGUAGAUUGUAAAGAAGAUAUGAACAUUUGUUAUUCUUCACUGAGAUUAUUACAAUGACCUGAUGUUUCAUUAGCAAUUAACAGCCUCUAUAGCGCUGUGACUGUAACACUUAAAUAGAUUUAAAGUCAUCAAUGUUACAUAGAUUAUAUAUAAAUAUAUAUAUAUAUGUGUAUAUAUAUAUAUAUCUAAGAAUAAAAUAAUCUAUAAAUGAAUAAGUUCAGAUAUGCGAUUCCCCUGACAAAGGACCUUUAGGUUCCACUCUGAGACAUUUUAUUUUGGGCGUAUGCAUCACUAGAGUUGAGGAUUGCACUUUUCCUAUUUCCAUAUGUUCGAAGAUGUGAUCGGCUUUUCAUUUCCUUUCCUAUUAGAAGUUUCUGCACCUGCUACUACAGCAAAUCUGUUCAUCAAUCAGGAGCAGAUUGUGCCAGUGAAUAACUUUAAUUCAACAUGUUGCAUGGGAAAAAAACAAUAUUUUCUUUUCUUAUUAAAUGAUAACGUGCUGAAUGUUUUCUAGUGGAAAAAAAAUGUCUGUACACAAAAUGUUCUCAUUUGGUGACCUGCAACACUCUGGUUCAUGGGAUUCUCUCAGAUGUAUUGUGUUUUAUUUUGAAAUAUGUUGGCGAUGAUUGACUGAUGGUAAAAAGAAAAAGCACUUUCUGAACAGUUGGUCAGACUGAGCAGACUCAGCUUAUCCAAACACUUUGCCUUAUCUUGAGUCCAUUGUGCUUAAGGUUUCAUGUUUUCAGAGCUCCUGUUUCAAUUCAUCAGAGGCUCCAACUGGUCUCUCUUCUCUUCAGCCCCUUCUCGGUUUCAUUUCAAGUGUAUAUCUUUGUGUGUAAAAUGAUUUAUGAGGUUUUAAUGUGCAUGUCACCAGGCCAAAAACUGGUUGCUGCAAACAUUGUCAACAGUCACUGAUCUUGGCUUGUGGUCUCAGGUAUCUGCAGUAGGUUGUUUUUGCCCCAUUGUCUGACAGUGGGCGCCUUUGAGUUUGUAAUGAAUAGCCACAGCCGCCAGAGGGCGCUACGCCGGAGACCACAGGUUAGAAGCUGGCUGAUGUGCCAUCUCUAUUGCAGUGCACCCUACCAACGUAAAGACAUACGGAUAAAUAACAAGAAGACCCCUAAACGGAUUUAUAGUUUCAAUGUAAUCAUUUUAAAUGUAUUCUUUUUGCAUAUAUUUUGUGCUAUUUUAUGUUUCUAUAGUCAAUGUUUCUUUGGUUCCAGCAAGAUAGUGUAAAAUCUAUUGAAAGAAAGAAAUAAAGAAAAUCAAAUGA